AUGUCGUCCGGGUCCACGCCUGAGCAGAUCGCCGCCGUUGCCCCGUCGUCGCCUUUGGGGGCGGCUGGUCUUCCGGUGGCGCCGGGCGUGGACCUGGCCGUUGGCACGACCUCGGCGCCUGCCUCCACGGGCACAUUGCCCGCCGAGGCCUUUUCGCCGGGUGGGGGCUACACGGCUGGCUCCGUCGACUUGCUGGGCUUGGACCUCGACGAGUCGUUUGUCUCCGGGCUGUCCGUCACGCGCCUUGCCGCCGCCAUCAGGGCGCUCUCGCCGGAGGACUCCGCCAAUUUGAGGGCGGCCAUGGCGGAAGCGGAGGCCACGCCCGACGAGGAUACC